AUGGAGGCUGCAGGACUUCAGUGCGAACGGAUCACGUGCGGACGGAUCCCAUCGAGUGUGUGCACUCGGAAGGAUGUGGCGCCGCAGGUGCAUACUGCCAUGUCGAGCGACAAUGGCACUAAUCUUGUACAUAGUUAA